UUCUGAUGUUGGUUGGUUCCACCUAAAGUAUAAAAGUUGAUCUAGUUUCAGUUAUCAAAUCAGAAUUCUUUCAAAGCUUUUCAAGUCUAUUUCUUCUUCCAUUUACAAUAAUAAAAUCAACAACAUGAAGUUCGCAAUUGUUGCCGUAGUCUUGUUGGCCAUCUCUAUGGGAGUUCAAUCAUCUAUUAUUCCUGGUCUCAGUCUUAAUUUGCUUGGUGCUACCGGACCAACUCUACAACAAGGUCCAAUUGUCAUUGGAUGGGGUGCAAGUGCAAGUGUCCCGGUUGCCCCUACAGUAGACAUUGCAUCAGCUGUUGGAGUACCUGGAGCAACAUAUGUGGCUAAGACCCUUGGUGCUGUGCAUGCUGCUCCAUUGCCUGGACAUACCCAGUCUGCUAGUGCAGUCAAUGUUAACCCUGCGCCAGGAACUUUGUAAAAUUCGUGAUACCAUGGUUUAUGUUAUUUAAAAGCUGAUUACUGUUGACGAUGAAUUCUGAUGUAGAUUUAAGAAACUAGUUUAAUAAUUGUAGAUAUGUUUAUAUUGCUUGCUUUGGUUUGAUAUUACAACUGCAUUAUUUCGAAUCAUUUAA